AUGGCACUUUGGGGGAGACUGGGACAGUUUGGGCGCCGGGGCAGGCCCGUGGGGAACCCCUGCCCCAUCUGCCGGGACCGGAACCUGCUCGUGGAUUUUCGGAACGUGAAGCUGCUGGACCAGUUCAUCUGCCCCCACUCCGGCGUCAUCUUCCACCCCAUCCACACAGGGAUCUGCAUGAAGCAGCACAGACGCCUCUCCCAGGCCAUCGCCCAGGCCCAGGACCACGGUCUCCUGUGGCUGCAGGUCCCCUUUGUGCCGGUUCCUGAGGAGGAUUUCUCCAACCAACACGCGGCCGUGGGCAAAACUCCCCCGGCGCCCGCGCUGAGGGGGCCGGGCCGGGCCUGGUACCCCUGGUACGAGUGGCAGCAGCCCCCUGCCGAAGAGGUGGCCCGGAUGCGCCGGCGGGACUUCGUUGUUAAGCACGGGAGAACGCAGCGCACCGAUUGGCCGGCGCUUGGCGGGCCGCGCCGCGAUUGGCUGAUUCCCCCCGCGGGGGGCGUGGUUCCUUUGCCGCCCGGGCGCGGCCGUGGCGGUGGCGGCCGGGCCGGGCCCGGCGGGCGGAGGCGGCGGCGGUGCCGGGCCGGGCCCGGGGCUCGGAACCCGGGACUCGAUCAUGGAGUUCCCUUUCGACCUGGCCCCGGUGCUGGGCGAUCGCUUCUGCGUGGUGGAUCAGCACCUGCGGCCCGCGGGGCGCGGCGGCGGCUCCGCCAAACGGCCCAGGGCCUCUCCACGCCCGUGACCAGCGCGGCGCGGAUGGAGAGCAACAGGCACGUGCUGUACAUCCUCAGGGACACCCGGUCCCCCCGGGGAGCCGUGCUGGGCUUCCUCAAGGUGGGCUACAAGAAACUCUUCCUGCUGGAGCGGGACGGGUCCCACGUGGAGGUGGAGCCUCUCUGUGUCCUGGAUUUUUACAUCCACGAGUCCCAGCAGCGCCGGGGGCUGGGCCGGGAGCUCUUCCGGGAGAUGCUGCAGCGGGAGCGGGUGCAGCCCCACAAGCUGGCUGUGGACAGACCCUCGGAGAAGCUCCUGGGCUUCCUCAGGAAACAUUUCGGGCUCUGCGACCUCAUCCCCCAGGUGAACAAUUUUGUCAUUUUUGAGGGAUUUUUCUCCACCAGAACCGCCCCAGCCCGGCGCCCGUUCCCGCGGCCGCGCCCCGAGGAGCCGAUCAAGCCGUACUCGCUGAGCGAGCGCGACUUCCUGCGGGAGGAGGCGGAGCCCCCCUGGCCCUUUAACCUGUCGCGGGGGUCCCCGGUGCGGGGCAGCCUGCGCCCCUUCCUGCUGCGCCGGGAGACGCCCCCGGGCACCGGCACCGGCACCGGCACCGGCGCCGAGCCGCCCCCGCGCCGCGCCAGUGAUCUACUGGGAACCAGUUCCUGCCCCUUAACCCAACUGGGACCAGUGCCUGCCCCACUGGAAACCUCAACUGGGACCAGUUCACACCCCAUAACCCAACUGGGAAUGGAUUCUUUCCUUACUGGGAGCCAGUUCCUGCCCUAUAACCCAACUGGGAACCAGUUUCCACCCUACUGGGAACCAGUGCCUACCCCAUAACCCAACUGGGAACCAAUUCCUGCCCUACUGGAACCAGUUCCCACCCCAUAACCCCAACUGGGAAUGGAUUCCUGCCCUACUGGGAGCCACUUCCUUCCCCACAACCCAACUGGAACCAGUUCCCACCCCAUAACCUCACUGGGAACCAGUUCCUGCCCUACUGGGACCAGUUCCCACCCCACUGGGACCGGUUCCCGCCCCACCGGAGCCUCCUCCGUGCCCCUCCCCCCGCCCGGCCCCGGGGGGUGCCUUCCCCUCCUCUCCCCCGCUCGUUUUUUGGGGACAUUUCAAUAAAAUCGGCGACUUUG